AUGGAAGUGAAAGUAACGAGCUCCACCAUCCUCCCAAGCCCCACCUCUCACCAUUCCGACAUUCCCCUCACCAUCUUCGACCGCUUCGCCGCCAACAUCCACAUCUACGUCAUCUACGCCUUCACUCCUCCCACCCCCUCCAACGCCGACCUCAUCUCCGCCCUCUCCAAGACCCUCGUCUACUUCCCCACUCUCACCGCCAACCUCUCCACCGACUGCCAUGGUCGUCCUUGUGUCUCGGUUGGAGGCCCCCAUGAAGAUAGAGGUGCACUCGUCGUUGAAGCCACUGUCUUAUCUAAACUAGAAGAUCACCUACCUCUCACUCCCUCACCAGACUUAAGGCUCCUUCACCCUGAUGCUGAAAACCCAAAGCACUUGCUCCAAGUUCAGCUCAACCGAUUCCAGUGCGGUGGGCUUGUCAUUGGCCUCACCUCGCACCACCGCGUCGCCGACGGCAGGUCAAUGUGCGCCUUCACAAUUGCAUGGGGAAAGAUCUUACGUGGUGUCCCCAUUGAUCCACUUCCAUUUUAUGAUCAGCCGUGGCUCAAGCCUCGGAAUCCCCCUCUGGUGCAGUUUGAUCACUGGGGAAGUGAAUUCAUCCAUCUAUCUCCUCAAUCAAAUGAGUUUAUUAUCACUCGGACUGAUGUCGAUCCUAGUGAGAUUACCAACUUGUUGUUGCACUUCUCUCCAGAUUUUAUCACGAAGCUCAAAGCUCAGACCAAUAAAUUAAGCACUGAUAAACACACCACAUUUGAGACACUGUUAGGGUAUCUAUGGAGGAAGAUGACCAUAGCACGCCAGUUGGAUGAUGAGGAGUGUACCACGUUGAGUGUAUCAGUGAAUGGCCGGCGUAGGUUACAGCCUACGGUGCCGCCGGAGUUUUUUGGUAACUUGGUUCUGAAUGCAUAUCCGAAAGCAAAAGCAAAAGCGUUGAUCGAAGGAGGGGCUGCGACGGCAGCAGGAAUUGUUCGUGAAGGACUGAGGUUCAUCGGAGAGGAUUAUUUCCAGUCGUUUAUUGACUUUGGUGAGGUUUAUGGCGAUAGAGAUCUUGUGCCUUGUUUUGAAAAAGAUGGCAAUGUGCUUUCACCAAAGAUAGAGGUUGAUGGCUGGUUAGGACUUGGGUUUGAUGAGGUUAAUUUUGGUGGAGGUGGAAAGCUGUGUGCUUUUUUGCCUACAUGGGUGCCUUUUGAAGGGUUAUUAAUCUUCAGCCCUUCUUUGUCUCAGUCUGGCGGUGUGGAUGUUUUUGUUUCUUUACUUGAAAAGCAUGCAGUCACAAUGAGGGAAAUAUCUCACUCUUUGGAUUAG